AUGGCGACCGAACACUUGGAGACAACCGUUGUUGACCUCUUCGACACUUGGACAACGCGCACGCCAGAAGCCACUGUAGUCGAGUAUAACGGGCAAACGCUUACUUUCGCCGAAAUACGAAAUGCAUCAUUCCAUGUCAGCAAAGCUCUGCUAUCCAAAGGUGUUCGAUCCGGCGACAAGAUUCCUAUCUUGUCUCAGAUGUCCCUCGAGCUUCUACCUGCCAUCUUAGGUGUCCUCAGAGUAGGUGGCUGCUACGUACCCAUCGACAUAGCUUCCUGGAGCAAGGCGAGAAUUGAUGCCACAAUCGAGGAAAUCUCGCCACAAGUAGCCAUUGCGACCGUUCAGCCAGACACGCACCGCGUGCCAGCGAUUGUAUUGUUUCAGAAACACUGGCUUCGAUCGCCAUUCCAUGACAUGGAUGAUAUGCACAGCCAUCUGGACACCAUUCGCCGGAGUCUCGAUACGAAUGCUCUUGUCUAUAUCACUUUUACUUCCGGAACCACCGGGAAGCCAAAGGGGGUGAUGAUAUAUCAUCGAGCUCUCAUAAAAACUGAUGCUACUCCGAAACUGAAACCUGGCGAUCGUGUGUUGCUGGCCUUCUCUAUUUCAUUUGAUGCAUGUGCUGCCACUAUUUGGCCAACAAUCACAGAGGGCGCAGCCUUGGUCAUGGCUUCAUCGGCAAAUUUUCCUGAAAUUGCCACUACCUGCGAUGUUUUGAUCCUGACGCCAUCUAUGUUGGCCUCCCUAGAUCCAGCUGGGCCUUAUGCUCAGGUCCGCACAAUUUGGUUAGGUGCUGAAGCACCUAACUUCGACAUUGCACGCCAAUGGGUCACUUCUACGCGCAAAGUAAUGUACACGUACGGCCCAUCAGAGGCGACCAUCCACAUUUCUCAAGGUGAAAUCCUUGAAGACACUGAGUCAAACCUGGGUACGAUUAGCCCUGGGGUGGAAGUCUUUCUCGUCGACGAAAACUUGCAAGAAAGCGAUAUUGGCGAGAUAUUGAUAAGCGGUCCAUGUCUGGCUGCAGGAUACCUCAAUAAUCCCGAGCUUACAGCUCAAAAGUUCAUUGACUGGAAUGGAAAGCGCAUAUAUCGCACUGGCGACUUGGCGCGGAGAAACGAAAACAGAUUAUCGUGGGUAGGCCGAGCUGACAGUAUGGUAAAGAAUCGAGGGUUUCUUGUGAACUUGGAGACGGAAGUGGAAUCUGCCAUGCUACGAUUCUCCAGCGUCCAAGCCGCAACCGCUUUUAUGUGGCGCAAUAAGCUUAUGGGAUUCGUGCGGCCUGCAACUAUAAACCUGGAGGAGCUUCGUGUGUUCUUGAAGGAGAAUGUAGACCCCUUCGUGGUCCCAGACGAGAUUCUAGCAUUGGAUCAAUUUCCUCUUACAGCACAUGCAAAGGUCGAUCGAGCUGCCCUACACGCUCGACUGGAAGAUAGAAUGGCGGAAGAGGACGCGUUUAUGGACACCAUGGUAUAUUACUCACCUUACGAUGCACUACGGUGGGCUUUCAGCAAAUGCCUUCAAGUUCCUUUCCGAAAUCUUGACAAAUCAUCGUCGUUCGUUCGACUUGGAGGCAAUUCUUUGGCGGCUAUACGCCUUUCAGACUUCCUGAGGAAACAAGGCUAUGCCAUCCGCAUCAUCGAAAUUCUCAGAGAAGACACCAUUGAUCGAUUGGAAGAGAAACUUACAACAAUUGACGUUUCCAAUGGCACUGUCUCGACUGAACCUGAGGCAGUGCCAGUUACCGACAUGCAUAGACUUAUGCUAUCCCAGUCUCAACGUAAACCAAUAAUCAAUUCCCAGCUACUUAGAGUCAAGUUUACCGGCGCACAAAAUUCUGUCCCAACACCAAACGAACUGCAUGCCGCUUGGAUAACUGUCCUUUCAGCGCACGAGAUCUUCAAAACGCGAUACGACAUGCAAACUUGGACACUUCAUGACCUUGGACGUAUCAACCUCGCCUGGGAUGAGGUCACCGUUGAAGCCGAAAAGUUUGACAAAGCUCUCUUGUCCGUUGAAAACCAAGUUUGGGCACGUCAAAAGAGCCUCAAGAGUCUCCACAGCUCCGACCUUGAGGUACCGUAUUGCCGUAUCACCUGCGUCUAUGCGCCCGACCGUAAGACCAUAGGUUUCGUUUGGCAUCUACAUCACGUUCUCACGGACAUUUUCUCAACCAUAACCGUCCUUCGUGACUUGGAUCAAGCUCUGGCUAGAAACAAAGUCAACCCAGGACCUUCCAUUCAAGACUUCGCGCGCUUCAUGCGCAAGUACAAAGCCGAGAAGCUGGACACAGCUACUGAUUUCUGGAAGCGAAUGAUGAAUCCUCUUCGUGAACAGUCUUUGUUUGGAUUUCAACCACCACAAAUAUCUUUUGAGGGCGAAGGCUGGCGAUCUCUGCCAUUCAAAACUAGUGAAAGCGUCGAUUCCAUUGAGGCGGCAGUGCGUAUGUAUAACGUAUCAAGUGCGACAAUAAUCUUCGCUGCGUGGGCGCUCACUUUACAGAAGUAUACGCGCUCCGAUUUUGUCCCGUUUUUCCUCAGUCGAUCUGGUCGGAUGGCCCCUUGGCCCCCAACACCAUCGCUUGUAGCAGCUAUUAACUGCCGCGUACCAUUCGUUACGAGCAUUCCCGCCGAGCAAACGCUACAUGAGUGGCUGGGGGAAAUGCACAAUGCACUGCUUGGUGUUGCUGAGCUUGAAAACUUGUGCCAGUCCCUCGACGCUUCAAUUUGCCCUGCAAAGUACUUCAAUUCUGCGGUACAGGCUUUUCUCUACAUGCCACAAGCAUCGCCUAGCUGGGAGAUUCACGAUAAAAUUACCGGACAGGCAGAGCCACAAGGGAUGGUCUGGAAAGUUCAGCAAACCAGUGAAAUGCGUGUGGAAGCAUUCCUAGAGAUCAAUCAAAAAGUAGUCGACGUCGAGUGGGCAAAGGAAGUUGGUACAACUGCUGUGCAGAUGCUAGAAAAGCUGGUAAAUGCUCAGACUGGUGCUAGAUUAAGUAUCUUGACAAAAGGCUAG